GGAGGGAGCUACCCGGCGCACGCUCAGUAUGUGUGGCUGGGGAAUUCAUGUGGAGGUCAGAGUGGAAUCAGGUGUAAGUGGGUCCAGCAGAAGGAAACAUGGCUGCCAAAGUGUUUGAGUCCAUCGGCAAGUUUGGCCUGGCCUUAGCUGUUGCAGGAGGCGUGGUGAACUCUGCCUUAUAUAAUGUGGAUGCUGGGCACAGAGCUGUCAUCUUUGACCGGUUCCGUGGAGUGCAGGACAUUGUGGUAGGGGAAGGAACUCAUUUUCUCAUCCCUUGGGUACAGAAGCCAAUUAUCUUUGACUGCCGCUCUCGACCACGUAACAUUCCAGUCAUUACUGGGAGCAAAGCCGGAAAGGAGAAGCAGCCUCCUCGGCUGUGGAGGCCGUCCAGCAGCGCUGUCUAA